UCUUUAACACUACUCUCAUAACUAAUAUAAUUCAUUUUAUUUUCUUAUAUCAAAUGCUUAUAAUUUAUUCAGAAAUGCUAUCUUUACACUAUAAAAUUACACUACACCGUAUAUCAUUUUCUCACAAAUUGGUUUUUAUGCCAUUUCUUAAAAUAAUUAAGGGCAAGUUGGUAAAUUGGGAGGGGAGUAUGUUACAACCCCAAGUUCUCAUGUCUCUCUCACACCAAUCUUUCACUUUCCAUGUAAUCUCUUCUCUCACUCUCCCCAAAUUUUCACUCUCCCCAAAUUCUCACUCUCUCAAAAUAUCAUCCCUCAUAGUUCAUUCUUCGACGCCGACGAACACGUACACGGCCACACAUUCAACACCGUUCAAAAAUCUCAAGGUUAUGGCAUCAUCAAGAAACCUCUCCGAAACGGAAGUACGAAUGAGGCAUUGUUGUAUCCCGACUAAUUUGAGUAGUAUCAACGAAUGAUUAACUGCAGUUCAACGUGCCCAUAUCGAAAUCACCUCAUUCAAAUGGGCGUUGGAUAUUUCUAACGACUUGUCAAUCUCGGGUGGUUUAUUAUGGGAGUUAGUAAGUAGAUGGGACUCACGGAAUAGGGAUUUCGGGUUAGUAAGUAGAUUGGUGGCUGAGAAUAGAGAUUUUCAAGAGAGGAUAACAAUUCUUAAGGGUGAAGUGAGGAUGCUUAAAGAGGCAAAAGCUAACACUCGGUUUCAAAAUGAGGAUGUCCAAGAUGAUCAACAGAUUGUGAACUUUAUCACCGAAGAUGAAGUCGGAAUUUCUAUUGGAGAUGUUGGACAUAACACUCCAUCAAAUGAUGAUGCCAAUGUUGUGGAAAACCAACCAAAGUCUACAUCCAACAUGGCUACAAGAAUGAAGAAGAAACCAAGGACGAAGCGUGGAAAAAAUAGUAGAAUGAAUUUCUAAAUAAUUUGUGUUGUAGUGUAGAAUUUGGUAGAAUUUGACAAUUUUUAAAUAUUGACAAUUUGUGGUUGUAUUUUGUUUCUGUGUACAAUGUAUUUUGAUUAUGAUAUAGAAAAGUUUUGCAUUUUGAA